GCAGGCAGCUGCCUCCGCAGCUGCAUGGUGUCGUCCCUCCCGCGGGAGACCCUCCGGGGCCUCGGGUGACGCCAGGAAGGGCAGCAACACCAUGGCCAGCGCUGCCAUCACCAUGGGCGAAGACGCACCGGCGCCCGAGGUGCGACAGGCCAUGUGGGACAUGCGCUGCUCGGGCACGCUUUGCGACGGCCUGCUCAAGACAGCCGACGGAGGAGAGUUCGCAGUCCACAAGGUCGUCAUGGCCAGCUGCAGCGAGUACUUCAGGGCACUGUUUGGCUGUCGUUUGAGCAAGACGGCGCGUAGCGAAGUGCUGGUCCCCGGAGUGUUGAAGCCGACCAUGGCCAUCAUCGUGGAGUUCGCGUACAAGCGCAUCACGUGGGUGGGCUGCGACAACGUCGAGAGCCUGCUGGAGGCUGCUGACUACCUCUGCGUCAUGGGCAUGGUCAAGGAUUGUGGCGACUUUCUUCUCUCAAUCAUGGCUCCCGAGAACUGCAUUUCCAUUCACAAUGUCGCCAAGCUGUACAACUGCUUCGACCUCACCACGAAAGCUUACAAAUAUCUGAUGCGUAACUUCAUCGAAGUGUCGGAGAGAAGCGAGGAGCUGCUGCACCUGGAGAUCGACGAAGUGGAAGCCAUCAUGUCGGACGAGAACCUGAACGUCAUCAAGGAGGAGACCGUGUGGAAAGCGGUGAUUCGCUGGAUCGAGUUCGAUCCCGAGCACAGGAAGCAGUACAUCUCGCGCUUGUUCAAGUGCGUUCGCACUGGGCUCGUUGACACUGAUUUCUUCAUCGAGAAGGUCAAGGCGUGCAAGUACGUGGCCGACGACGAGGCUUGCAGGCCCCUGGUGAUAGAGACACUGCGCUUCCUCUACGAUCUCGACGUCAUGGUUCACAACGAGGAGGUACCGACGCCCAUCUUCGCCCGACCACGCAUUCCGCACGAUAUGAUGUUUGUCAUAGGCGGCUGGAUGUCCGGAGGCCCCACGGCCUUCACCGAGAGCUACGACACGAAGGCCGACCGAUGGAUUAAAGUAGACAUCGCCGACCCUCUCGGACCCCGCGCCUACCACAAAUGCGCGGUGGUCGGCUUCGAAAUCUACGUCAUCGGGGGCUUCAACGGCGAGGACUACUUCAGCAGCGUGCGAUGCUUCAACGCCGAGACGAAGGAGUGGCGUACUCUGACGCCCAUGCACGUCAAGAGGUGCUACGUCAGCGUAGCCGUACUGGACGACAUCAUCUACGCCAUGGGCGGAUACGACGGUCGGAACAGGCAGAACACAGCCGAGAGGUUUGACCGCCGCACAAACCAGUGGACCAUGAUCAUGCCCAUGCAUAUGCAACGUAGCGACGCGUGCGCCGCCACAUUGGGCGGCUGCGUAUACGUAACCGGCGGAUUCAGCGGCAGCGAGUGUCUCAGCUCGGCCGAGAGGUACGACCCGCGCUCGGGCCAGUGGUCCAUCAUCUCUCCCAUGCGGUUCCGACGCAGCGGCGUCGGCUGCGUUGGAUUCCGCGACUGCAUCUACGCCGUGGGCGGUUUCAAUGGAACGGCGAGACUCUGCUCGGCGGAGAAGUACAACCCAGAGACCAACAUUUGGACGACGCUGCCCAACAUGAACACGCCGAGAAGCAACUUCGCUGUGACGGUCAUCGACAACCUGGUGUUCGCCAUCGGAGGCUUCAACGGCGAGAGCACCACGAACCUCGCCGAGUGCUACGACCCGAUCACGGACCAGUGGUACGAGGCCACGGACAUGAACGAGUCCCGCUCGGCGCUCUCCGCUUGCGUCAUUUCCGGCCUGCCCAACAUCCGCGACUACGUCCACCAGCGCCGCGACAACCUCAUGGAGGAGAAGCGCCAGAAGAUGCUCGAGAUCCUGAAACAGCGCUCCCGCCUUCGCUCGCGGGAGAACAACUAGGGACAUCUCCCAUAGGGACAUCUCCCAUAGGGACAUCUCCCAUAGGGACAUCUCCCGCACCGGGCAUUCGCACUGGAGACCGUGAUGUUUAGGCUCCAAUAAGUGCAAAAUGAAUGGUUGCAGAUACGCAGGUUGUAGCCUGCCGUGAUAUUUCGUGCUGGCAGCGUCGCGAUAAUGCCGCCGCUGCGUCCCGGGAAAGGUGGCAGUGAAAUUUAGACAUGUGGCGCCCAUAUUGUGGGACCUGCAGCGACAUUUAACGUCAAACCCGUUUUCGCAACGUGGUUCGUUUGUUUAGCGUUAAUCGUGGCGAAAGAAGAGCUGUAUUAUGUGCAAGUCGCCACUUGAACGCCUAGCAUGGAACUGCAAGUGCCUAUCGUGCAACCAUGUGCAAAUCUUGUACCGGGCGUGACGCUCAGGACAUCGCCGCUUGUCGUUGUUUUCAGCGUGAUAUAUGCAGAGCUAUACGCGGAUGAUUGCGACCUGCGCGAACCUUGGUUUCUCCAAGCUUUUGUCCUGAUACUGUAAGCGAUUUUUACGCUCCUAUUGAGAAAUUAUGCGGCCUUAUAGUAAACUACAGGUUUUGGAUGUAUCGCACACGGCACCAUCCGCCACCAGUACGCGUAGUUUUAAAUUAUACUUGUUGGUUUCACUGCAUUGCGUUGAUGAGCAGCGAAAAUUCCGAUGAAUUCAAUAUGUCACAUGGUGUCUUUUGGGCAUCGGCCCAUAAGAGCGCUGUUGUCCGAAAGUUUUUUAAAUAAAAAAUAGCGGUCGUUGUACCACUUCCUUGAA